UUUUUUUUUUUUUUUUUUGCUGCAAAUAUUUACCAAGACUGCUAAUGUAUUAAUUGCAUUUUUAAGCAUUUUAAUUCAGCUCCACUUCAUCUAUCUUUCAUUAUUUUUAAAUGUUGUUCGCUUCUGUAUGAAUGUGCAAUUAGCUUGAAUAUUAUUAUGACUUUUUUAAAGUUUUUUUUUCUUUUUUUUAAACAUUUUUGUUGCCUUCAGGUGCUUUAUUGCUGAAUCUGCCGCUCUGACGUCACUUUUGUGAGCUGGAUGGGAGGAGCCAAUCACACCGCCCUUUAAGAUGCUUCUGUCACUCCCGUCUUCAACAUUCAUUAAAAAAAAUAAUAAAAAUAUACAAUCACAAAUUAUUAAAAACAAUUGGACAAAUAGAAUUUUUGAAUGUUACCAUUUCUAAAAUUAGCAGAUCCUUGUUUUAAUUUUCUUUUUUUUAUUUCAUUGUUUAAUGCUGGGCUUAUUCCUUUGUUAUAAUUUAUUAAUAAACUUUUUAUGCGUUGAUUUAUUUAAAUAAAAUGUUUUAAGAUAUGAGUAUAAUGUAUUUUAAAUCUCAAAAAAUAGUGACUCGUUCCGGAUAUUGUUGUUUUCCCCGUUACAGACACAUUUGGUUUGACCCAAUGACUGCAUAUAUUUAUAUAUAGCUCUCAUAUGCAGUCAAUGGUUUGACCCGUUUGACCCCUCCUCCCCUCGCCCACCCACGCACGAGCGAGGCCUGGCCUCCAAAGGGGAGGAGACAAAACCGGGGGAGGAUUUUACGUCGGCCAAAAAUUCCAGGAGUGAAGCGGAGGCGAGCGGAAAUGAGGGGGGUGUCCAAAGAGGAAAUCCCAUCCCUUUAAGAGCAAGUGGGACAUAGCGGUGCGAAAAGGAGAGGAGGGGGAGAAGAAAGAGGAAUUAAAAAAGAAAAGGAAGAAAGAGACAGGGAGGGAGGAGGGAGAGCGGGCGAUAAAAAAAGAAAGAUGACAUCCUCGCGGCUGAACGGCCGAGGUGGAGCGAUAGGCUGCGGCCCGGCGAGAGCGCCGCUCGCCGGGGUCAGGGCUUGAAUCCAACAUCGAGGCUUCGACAAACACCCGAUUGGCCUGUUGUGGGGGGAAAUCGGGGGAGAAAAAAAUCACAAAUUAAAGCAAAGCAUGACCUGCUGUGCUGCCAGAAUCGUCUAUUUUAACUCAUAUUCGCUUUUUUUCGUGCGAAAAAAAGCAUUUAUUCCGCGUAGGUUUGUUUGGUGUGUUGCUAAAGUGUGAACCCGUAGUUCGGUUGGAAUUUGAGUUUUUGACAGAAGUUUAGCGGCUUGCUAGCUCGUUUGGCUCCAUUUGGGGUUUAAAUGAAUUAAAGUUAGGAGCCAAAGUGCGGGAAAAAACAGACGCUUCGUGGGCUCGGCCUGCUCCACCGCUGCCCGUGUGCUGCAGCCUGCUUCAGUCAACAGCUGCGUGCGUUUUAAUUAAGGCGACGUCAACGACGAGAGAGGAAAAAAACACACAUUAGCAUGCGGCUUUAUUCGCGUUUCUGUUAGAAUCCCGGAGCCUGUCGUCCCUCCUGCUGGACAGGCUAGCGUUAGCACCCCUGAAGGACACAUCCAAACCAUGCAAAAGCUCCCCGAUCUCAAUCAGGAGUUGACUUCAUAAUCUCCAUCGCUGUAGCUCAAAAUGGAUGCUGCUUGGAGCAAUUUUCUCUUCCAGAGUACUCCCACCCAAAACCAAGUGGAGGGGAGCCUCCAAUCGGAGCUCAUGCAAGUGCACACGAGCUCUCCCCAGACCCCACCCACAGAGCACAUAGCACAGCCUCCUUCAACGGUGGACACCACCGCUCUCAGUGAGGAGCCCCUGCCCGUUCCGGUGAAACCAGUCUCCCGGACGGCCCGCGCGCAACACAUCUGUGCCAUCUGCAACAAGCAGUUCAAGAACAACUACAACCUGCGGCGGCACCAGUCGGUCCACACUGGGCGGCCCGCAAACCCCAACCCCAACCCGGUGAAGAAGAACCACGCCUGCGAGACGUGCGGCAAGGCCUUCCGGGACGUGUACCACCUCAACCGCCACCGCCUGUCCCACUCGGACGAGAAGCCGUUCUCCUGUCCCAUCUGCCAGCAGCGCUUCAAGAGGAAGGACCGCAUGAGCCACCACGUGCGCUCCCACCAGGGCGGCGUGGAGAAGCCCUACAUCUGCCCCCACUGUGGCAAGGCUUUUUCCAGGCCCGACCAUCUCAACAGUCAUGUCAGACAGGUGCACUCCUCAGAGCGACCCUUUAAGUGCCCCACCUGCGAGUCCAGCUUUGCCACCAAGGAUCGGCUGCGCGCGCACAUGAUCCGGCACGAGGAGAAGGUGCCGUGCCACAUCUGCGGGAAGCUGCUGUCGGCCGCGUACAUCACCGACCACAUGAGGGUGCACAACCAGUCGCAGCACCACGUCUGCCACCUCUGCAACCGCAGCUUCACCACCCUGACGUACCUCCGCGUUCACGCCCAGAAGCACCACGGCCAGGAGUGGAAGGAGAGCCCAGGAGGCUUUGGCGGUGCGGCCUCUGGCAGCGUCCUCGUCUGCCACCUGUGCGGCGUCCACUGCAAGACGCCAACCCAACUCCAGGGCCACAUGGGCACCCACGGCAACAACCAGGGGGCGCCCAGCCCCGUCACCUCCAACGUGGCCGCCAGCAGCUCCGUCUCCCUUAGCAACAUGGUGACGGCUCCCACUGUGUACGUGACGGGUAACACGGUGGUGGACCUGCUGGUGACAGACUGCUCUAGCAUCGCCGCGCCGCAGACCCACAGUUAGCGGCAGACUGUCCGAGCAGAGACCAGAGGAGGGUGAAGUCACUCAUAGAUGACGCCAUUUUCCCACAUAUUUUAUAGGUAAAGUUAGGUCUAACUGUGCUGGAGCGCUGGCCUCAGAGGAAAUAGCAUUUAAGGACACUAACGUGGAUGUCCAGAUGUCCGACGAAGGCGUGGUUUCUAGAGAAUGCAUCCCUCUUCUCUCUCUCUCCCUCUCUGUCUUACCUUCAGCUCUUUCGGCAACAGCUGCUCUCCGCAAGUGCACCAAGUACUGUAUAUCUCACACCAGCUCUGAUCUUUACCUCCAUUUUUGCAGCAAAGAAGGCGUUGGAGAAAUUGCAGGGAGGGACAAAAGAGAAAAUCAAAGAGGAAGUUGUUGGACGUUAGGAACCUCCUGCAUGAUUUCUUUUUUUUUUAAUUUUUUUUUUUUAUGAAAGCUCGUAGGUCGUUGCAUUAAAAGGUACAGAAGCGUACGAAGAGUUGAGUUCAGGAGCGUCAAGCACCUUAAAUCGUUGUUACAUUCACUAAGUUUUCUUGGAUUGUCUUGCUCUAAAAGUCUUCCUCUCUGGCCUUUUUUUUUUUUUUUAAGUAAAAAAACAAAAGGAAAAAUCAAGCUUCUGACAUGGCGAAUCUUGCACCCGAGUACUACCUUUUGCAUGAAAACGAACUAGCUCUGUCAUGCUUACUGUUAGGGAACUGUCACCAGGAAAGAGAAAAAAUAACAGUUCCACUAAGAUAGUUAGUUGUAAACAAUACUAUUUAUGAAAGUGUUGAUUUUUGCCAUUCAUUUGACUGUGACCAUCAUCGCCAUAGUCCUUUUGUUUCGUCUUUGUAGCCAUUUAAUUCAGUGUAUAGCACACGUCAUCAUCAUGAACUUUCACCUUUUGACUUUUUAGUUGUGUGGCAUUGAAAGGGCUUUUAAAGUCAGGAAACCGGUGAUUUUUAGGAAUCGGCGACGCCGUUCAGUAUGCUGUAAAACAAACCCUGGUUUUGUACUGGAGUGCUUCUUUCCUGUUGUGUGUUAAUACUUUCACAUUUUUAGGGUUGUAGUAUUUUUCCCCCCUUUUUUCUUUGUAUUUCAUGUUGAGAAAACUUGUGGUUUAUUACAGAUUAAUUUUAGGUUUUCUACAUUACACGCAAAAAAAAAAAUACCUCUUCUCUAGGAUUCUGUACAGCUCUUAUGAUACAUCUUAAUGCCUUAUCGUACUCGACUGCAUUUUAAUUCUUUUAUGAUAAAAAAAUAUUUCAAAUCUUAGUCACGGAUUCAUUAAGAAUAUUAAUGGGAUGUAUUUAUAUUUAUAUUUUUAUAUUUCUCAACAGUAUGCAUGUCUAAAAGGUGGUUAGAGGAAAAAAAAUAAUGAUGCUUACUACAGUCAUAAAUAUUUUUUUUUUUGUAGAUGAAGUAGAUAACAUGUUCUUAUUUUGUAAUUUUGAAAAUUUAAAGUAAAAAGAGCGAACAGAAAAUGGUGUGUGUUUAUCUUUGUAUAAAUAAAACUGAUGAUUGAA